GAGGGAGGGACUUAUUAUAGAAGGAUAUUCGUUUCCAUAACACGUUUCGGUUAUAGCUUUGUAAAAAAUGUCUUAAAAACUUAAAAAAAUAUGACACUAUUCCUUAUUCGGAUCAAGUUCCUAUUAUUUUUGCCCCGGGGACUGUUAACUGGCGUACACAGUUCAUAGGAAGUAAAGUACCGGAAAUUGCGUUGAGGCCUCCCGGGAUAACGCCAUGAUCCAGGAUCCUCACUUCACCCAGUGUGCGAGGCAAGGCAACAGGGAUGCUAACACGAUUACACCGUGCAGACAGUGCUUGAGCUGCUAGUUAUUUGCUAGCUGACAUAAAGCUCGCAGUGCAGCAAAAGGAGGCAGAAAGAAACAAUAACUAAUCGAGUUUGUACACCUAAGAGACGCAUAAACGCUGUUGCUCCACCAGCCUCCGAUAACCUGGUCAUUUUUCGUCGAAAUGUCAGCUUUUUCCGAGGCUGCUCUAGAGAAGAAACUAUCGGAGCUUAGCAACUCUCAGCAAAGUGUGCAGACCCUGUCACUGUGGCUCAUACACCACAGAAAACACUCCCAAACUAUUGUCACCGUCUGGCUCAACGAACUUAAAAAAGCUCAGGUGUCACGCAAGCUGACCUUUGUCUACCUGGCCAACGAUGUCAUUCAGAACAGCAAGAGGAAAGGACCAGAGUUCACCCAGGACUUUGCACCCAUCAUCGUGGACGCCUUCAAACAUGUGUCCAGGGAAGGAGAGGAGAGCUUUAAGAAGCAGCUUGGCCGGGUGCUGUCUAUCUGGCAGGAGAGGGCUGUGUAUGAGAAUAGUCUCCUGGACCAGCUCUCGCAAGUCCUAUACGGAGAGAAAAAGGCAAAGAAGAGGUCCUAUGAAAAGAUCCAGAUGGACGAGGAGGACAAUAACUUUGCUUCCCAGAGCUCUCCUACAGAAGAGCCCCCACAGACGGCGGAGUUGAUCCGGGCGCUGCAGGAGCUGGAGAACGCCGCCUCUGGAGACUCGGCCCUGCGGAAACGCAUCUCGUCGCUGCCUGCCGAGGUGCAGGACGCCUCCCUGCUCCACAGAAUCACGGACAAGGAGUCGGGGGACCGGCUUUCUGGGCUGGUGGAGGAGGCCUGCAUGCUGCUGGCUGACUACAGCGGCCGCCUGGCUGCCGAGGUGGAUGACCGGAGGCAGCUGAUGCGCACGCUCACGCUCUUCCUGCACAGCCAGAAGGACGGCCUGGCUCAGAACGAGCAGAAACUAGAAAUCCAUCCCACUUGGUAAGUAGAGGCAAAUGCGCAAACUGCAGGGUUUCUACCUAAGCUUUAAGGACGCAUGUCUUCUGCUCUCCCGCUGACCGUCUUCUGAGUGUUUUAACCUGUCCAGCCCUUCGUCCACAGAAAGAGGAGCGCACCAACCUGACACUGUUUCUUCAGUUAAUACCUAAUUCCCAUGUAUUCACCAGAAUAAUAAUAAAAACGGGAGAUAAAAAAAAUAAAACCAUUUUUGUGAGUGCUGUUAUUUUGCUUUGGCAUUGCUGAUGCAUAUGGUAUAAGCGCAUGGUAAACAUCCCUACAUGCAGUUACUUUCCCUUUUUAUGAUUAAUUAAUUUGCCGCUUGGCAAGGAACCUGUAAUAGAAGGAAAAAGUUGGAUCCUUAAAGGGGAUGGAUAAGAGUCUUUGGAUCCUGGAACAUGCAUAUCUUAUAUUCUAAAUAACACCAAUGGUUCCUAAUAGUCUAAAGCUCUGCAGGAUUUGAUGACACUGAAUAAUUUAUAUUUACAACACAAGUUCAUAAUUCAGCUGAAUCUUUCUGAGCCCGUCGACUGAAGACGUUUAUUGUGCCUGCACUACAUAUCAUUUAAUGUGUAUUAUUUGGUUGUCAUGUGUGACUAAUCUCUAUCACACAGCACUAUAAAACUGGACUUGCACUUGAAAUAAAAGUGGAUCUAAAAGAGACAAGGGCACACAAGUAUAAAGAAACUACCUUUGCAAGUGUAAAAUCGGCAAAUCAGUACAUUUAUUACGUAAUAUAUUCAGUCUGAGGUUUAAGAUGUGCUGUUGACUUCCGUCUAGUAAUAUACCAAUAGCUCAAAUCCUCCAAUUAUUUUGCAAAUAGGAAACCAAAAUAUAGUAUUUUCUGAUAACCUCACAUUUGUUGAUGGAUCAGAAAAAACUGGUUGAAUCUGCAAUUCAAUUUGGC